UGGUGUGCGUUUCUCUGACCACCACAAAAGGACUCUCACUAGUCAAUAACCUCACCCAAUCCCUCCCCUCAAUGCUCAGAUUCUUCCCCAAUUCACAAUUUCAAUACCCUUAAUCCCAAUUCCCAAUCAACCAUGAAACGAAAUCAUAUCAUAACCUCUGAUGUCACCGGAAAAGCUAAGAAGACUAUGUGGGAUGAAGAAGAUGCCGGCGUUGAUGAACUCUUGGCUGUAUUGGGUUACAAGGUUAAGUCGUCUGAUAUGGUUGACGUUGCUCAGAAGAUUGAGCAUCUCGAAGGAGUUUUGGGGAACGAUGAUGGCUUAUCGCUGCUUGCUUCGGAUUCCGUUCAUUAUAAUCCAUCUGACUUAUCGUCCUGGCUUGAGUCUAUGAUUUCUGAGCUUAAUCCCACCACUCAACCACCCAUUAUCGACGAUUCCUUCAUGAAUAUUGCAAACACAGCCAUCGCCGCCGGUAACCCACCGCCGUCUGAGGUGGAUUCGACCUCUGCCUUCGUUGACGAUCUACAAGCUAUCCCGGGAAACGCGAUUUACCCUCCGACGAAGAAAGUAAAGUCUUCUUCUUCAUCGGCCGGAGCGUCAGCAUCGUCGUCUUACAACCCGAACCCGAACCCGAAUCCGGUGGUCAUCGUGGAUUCCCAAGAAAACGGGAUCCGGCUUGUUCACACGUUAAUGGCGUGCGCCGAAGCCGUCCAACAAGAGAAUCUUGCACUCGCUGAAAAUCUGGUGAAACAAGCCGGGAUGUUAGCCGUCUCUCAGGCCGGUGCCAUGAGGAAAGUCGCUACUUAUUUCGUCGAAGCUCUUGCCCGGAGAAUUUACCGGUUAUCCCCAAAACCCCCACAGGACUCGCCGGCGUUUCAAGAUCUCCUUCAGAUGCAUUUUUACGAGACCUGUCCGUACCUAAAAUUUGCACACUUCACGGCUAACCAAGCCAUAUUAGAAGCUUUUGCAGGGAAGAAGAAGGUUCACGUGAUUGAUUUCAGUAUGAAACAAGGUAUGCAGUGGCCGGCGUUAAUGCAAGCUUUGGCUCUAAGACCCGGCGGCCCACCGACGUUUCGAUUAACCGGAAUCGGACCGCCAUCCGGUGAUAACACGGAUCACUUACAGGAAGUGGGUUGGAAAUUGGCUCAAUUAGCUGAUACAAUUCAUGUGGAAUUCGAAUAUAGGGGUUUUGUAGCCGAAAGCUUGGCUGAUCUUGAGCCGGCGAUGCUUGAUUUGAGAGAAGAUGAAGUGGUCGCCGUUAACUCGGUUUUUGAGCUUCAUCAGUUGUUGGCGAGGCCAGGGGCGGUGGAGAAGGUUUUGUCGGCGGUGAAGGAGAUGAAGCCGGAGAUUUUAACGGUGGUGGAACAGGAAGCUAAUCACAACGGGUUGGUUUUCUUGGAGAGGUUUACUGAGUCAUUGCAUUACUACUCGACCCUUUUUGACUCUCUUGAGAGCAGUGGCAACGGCGGCGGAGGGGUGGACGGUGGUGCUAUCUCGCCGGCGAGUAACCAAGAUAAAAUCAUGUCGGAGGUGUAUUUAGGAAAACAGAUCUGUAACGUGGUUGCAUGCGAAGGACCGGACCGAGUCGAACGGCACGAGACGUUGACUCAGUGGAAAUCCCGACUGGACUCGGCCGGGUUUGAGGCGGUUCAUCUGGGUUCCAACGCGUUCAAGCAAGCCAGCAUGUUGUUGGCUCUGUUCGCCGGCGGCGACGGGUACAGAGUCGAAGAAAACAACGGUUGUUUGAUGCUGGGUUGGCACACUCGGUCACUCAUCACCACCUCGGCAUGGAAAAUCCGAUGAACCCGGCCGAGUUGACUCAAGGAUGGCGUGCUAACUCAGUACUUGAAAGAAAUAAAGAAAUUUGAAGUGGGGCCACCUUAUGAUUUUUCUUUCUUUUUUAGUUUUUCACCAAAGUGGUUUUUAAGGUUUAACUUUUUUCACUUUUGGGAAAUGGAGGGGUUAAAUUGUCCAUUAGUUGAAACUGGAGGGGUGGGAGUGGCAUAUUGUACUUUUUUGGUGGGGUUGAAUGAGAUAGGAUGAAAAGGAAAUUUAAAAAA